AUGAGUCCAACAGCAAAGAAGAGGCCCGGGAGUGGAGUGGCUUCCAAGAUGCACGAUGAGGAAGCACAGGGUACGAGACAGCAUCCUGUCAGCAAACUAAUUGAGCGGACCCGACUGAAAUCGGUAUUAAAGAAGUUAGCACUCUUGAAGCUACUCAAGAGUUCGAAUCGUCGUAUCCAAGAACUGCAUAACCUGGCCAAAAGGUGUUGGAACUCACUGACCAGAGUUCCGAAGACCCUCAAUAGUUCCUCCGGGGACAACAUCUCCCCUAAAGUGAAAGAAAAUAAUAAUACAGAGCUCCAGGAGGCUGGGUGCUCCACAGAGAAGCCCAAGCCCAAGAGACUGGAGCCCACAGAGGAAUUGAAAGAGGUGAAGCCCAAGAAACCCAAGCUCCAGGUGGACUCCGGAGUGAAAUGUAAAGCCAAGCGGACACCUGAAGCGGUGCCCCAGAGAGAAGAGCGGAGGAAGCAGGAGGCUCCCAGGACAACAAGGGAGAGCACGUGCCCCAGGGCCCGGUGCAGCCAGCAAUCUAGCCGAGCUCCCCGAGCUCCCGGGGUAGUCUUCCUGAAGACCUACGGCCUGGGCAUGCCCUUGGGGGAUACGAAGCAGCAGCGGGACAGAGCUGAUCGGUGGGUCUGGUUUGAGGGGCUGCCCACGCGAAUCCGCCUCCCAGGGCCCCGAGUGAUGUGCAGAGCUUCCACCCUGCGCUUGGUCAAGCGCUGCUGCACCCGCUACUGCUCGGCAACGCUGGAGCUGCCCAUGUGCCAUCCAUACAGGGCAUGA